GGGGCCAGCGCCGGGUAGCAAAGUCCGGAGAGCCGCGAAGAUGCUGCUGGAUUUGUCGGAGGAGCACAGGGAGCACCUGGCCUUCCUGCCGCAAGUGGACACCGCGGUGGUCGCCGAGUUCGGGAGGAUCGCCGUGGAGUUCCUCCGACGGGGCUCAAACCCGAAGAUCUACGAGGGCGCCGCCAGAAAACUCAGUGUGAGUAGUGACACUAUCCAGCAUGGAGUGGAAGGAUUAACAUAUCUUCUCACAGAGAGCUCAAAGCUCAUGAUUUCUGAACUGGAUUUCCAAGACUCUGUCUUUGUUCUGGGAUUCUCUGAAGAACUGAACAAAUUAUUGCUUCAGCUCUACCUGGACAACAGAAAGGAGAUCAGAACUGUUCUGAAUGAGUUAGCACCUCGCCUUCCCAGUUACCACAGUCUCGAGUGGCGGCUAGAUGUACAGCUUGCAAGCAGAAGUCUCCGGCAACAAAUUAAACCAGCAGUGACCAUAAAGCUGCACCUGGAGCAGAAUGGCGACCACAGCACUCAUUUUUUGCAGACAGACCCAGCUACCCUGCUUCAUUUGGUUCAGCAGCUGGAGCAGGCGUUAGAGGAAAUGAAAACAAACCACUGCAGGAGAGUAGUCCGCAGCAUCAAGUAGCUCUGAGGUUCACUUCCUUCUAGUUGGCGGCCCAGGAGUGGCAGUGGUCCGUCUGGAUUUCAUGGAGUUUCUUUCCCUGCUCAAGAUGUUGAAAUCUUGAUCAGAAGCUGAACUACAGUUCCGUUUGGUGCUAAAUGCAGUCAGCUUCUUGACAGGUUAGAAAGCAUUUUUUACUUCAAGUGUGUAAAUAGGAUGGACCAACUAUGAUGAAUCAAUACUGUUCCUGAUUUCUGUGUAUAUGUGACUCUUCUGACUUGGAUGUUUUUUUUAUCUACUUUAUUUCCUUUGUCCUUGAUCAAAAUUUUAAAAUAAAAUUCACUGUUACUACUUAGAACUAUUUCUAGACAGUUCAGUAUUUUUCCCUUCUAAAAGCACUAUACAAUUACAGCCAUAGAAAAAGACAAAAGGAUUUCUACAAGCUUUUCUAUAUUGUUACAGGUAGCAUGUGUAUUCUUGUAUGUAUGUAAAGAUAAUAAGUAUCAUUUACCAUAUUGCUUACAUUUGAGUUAUUGGGGCUAAUUAAUUUAAGUGAUAUACAAGUUUGUGUGGUCUUAAUGUACAUUUUAUCAGGGACUAAUUUCCCCCAUUCCCAAAGCAACUAAAAGACACACCAUCAUUUAUGUUUACAAAUGAUGAUAUAAGAGUUGAAUGAUCAAUUCUUUUUUAUCUUUACAUAUUUAUUUUGUGUGGAUGGGUGUUUUGCCUAUAUGUAUGUCUGUGCACCUUGUGUGUUCAGUGCACACAGUGGCAGGAAAGGGUAUUGGGUCCCUCGGAACUAGACUUAGAAAGGGGUGUGAGCUUCCACUGGGCACUGAGGUUCAAACUCGGGUCGGCUACAAAAGCAGCCGGUACUCAUAUCCACCAAUCCAUCUCUCCAGACCCAGAGCAGUUUUGUUUUUGUCUUAAUGUUUACUUUGUUUGUGUGUGUUUUCAUCCAAAGGCUAAAGUUCGGGACUUAGUUCUCUCUUCCUAUCCUGUGGGUCCAGGAGAUAGAACUCAGGUCAUCGGGCAUAUUGACAAAAACUUUUACCCACUAGUUGUCUUAGAUGUAUAGACAUAAUUUUUAACUACACUGAGGGCUAAGUUAAUGAAGCUGCCACAUUAUCAAACCCACAAGGAAGGAAACCACAGUUAGCAGUGCAUGCCACGGGGUGUAAAGGUAGCCUGCCUGCCAAGCUGUAACAGCUCUGCGAGGCGUACUUGUCCACAGUGGACAAAACAUAACUAGAUUGCCCCCCUCCCAAUAGUGAACCAUUAGCCUGUGUCCCUCCAAGCAACCUUUCUUCCACCCCUUGGUUCAUUGUCUUAGCCCAAUCUAAAGAUGAAAGCAGUUGGCACAGUGGUUGGUACAUGACUACUUCUAGUGCCUAGGAGACAGAGCUCUGGGAGUUCCAAGGCAGCUUGCUCUACAGAACAUUCUAGGCCCGCUAGGACUACAUGAAGAGACCUUGUCUACACACACACACACACACACACACACACACACACACACACACCAAGAUAAAAGCAUAUGCAACUUUAAAAAGGAAAAAAAAAAUCCAGUUCUCCCAACUGUUCUCAUAUUGAUUAUUUCUGUGAUGAUGGGCCCUUUUGGGGGCAAAGAAAGUUUGUGAGUAAUCCCUCUGCCCCUCCCCCAACACCUUUUAGAC